CUACUACUACUACUCAAAAAGCUACAGCCCACCACGCUGAUGAGCCAAGCUAGCUGCUCCCCAAUAUGGCCGCCAAGCACGUCGUGCUGUUCCCGUUCCCCGGUCAGGGCCACCUCUCCGCGUUCAUGUCCCUCGCCGACCUCCUACACGGCAUUCUCCCCGACGCCGCCAUCACGCUCGUCUCCACCCCGCGCAACGUUGCCGCGCUCCGGACUACCGCACGGUCCAACUCGUCGUUCCUCGUCUUCCACGCGCUGCCCUUCACCCCGGCGGACCACGGCUUGCCACCGGACUGCGAGUCCUCCGACGCCGUACAGCCCGGCGCCAUCGCGGGCCUCCUCGUGGCGUUCGAGUCGCUCGAGGCCGCGUUCGACGACUACCUCUCCGCCGCCGUCGCCGGUGGCCACGACGUCUGCGUCGUUUCCGACCCGUUCACGGCGUGGACGGUGACCGCGGCCCGGCGCCGCGGCUGCGCGCACGCCUUCUUCGCCUCCUGCGGCGCGUACGGCAGCGCCGUCGUGCACUCGCUCUGGAGCCACCUGCCCGUCCGCCCUGAUCCGGCCACGGGCCGCGUCCACCUGCCCGAGUACCCCGAGGUCGUGAUCCACCGCUCGCAGCUCUCCAAGAUCGCGUCCGCCCCGCCCGCCGUCGCCAUCCGCGCCGCCGGAUUCUACGGCCGGCAGAUCCCUCUGGGCUACGAGACGGGUGCCGUGCUCGUCAACACCGUGGAGGAGUUCGAGCCCACCGGUCUCGACAUGCUGCGGCGCACCCUCAAGAUCCCGGUCUGGCCCAUCGGCCCUCUCGUGCGCGCCACCAACCUUCCAGUCUCGCCGGAGGCCGAUGCCGCCGUCGUGAGCUUCCUGGACUGCCACCCGCCGUCGUCGGUGCUGUACAUCUCAUUCGGCUCUCAGAACUCAAUACUAGCAGAGCACAUGGCGGAGCUGGCACUGGCGUUAGAGUCAACCGGCCGGCCGUUCGUCUGGGUUGUCAGGCCGCCGGACGGACACAACAUCAAGGGCGAGUUCCGGGCCGACCAGUGGCUGCCGGACGGGUUCGAGGAGAGGGCGCGCACGACCAACAGAGGACUGCUGGCACGAGGGUGGGCACCGCAGGUGAGGAUCCUGGCGCACGCGUCGACGGGCGCGUUCCUGAGCCACUGCGGGUGGAACUCGGUGCUGGAGAGCGUGACGCACGGCGUGCCGAUCAUCGGCUGGCCGCUCGCCGGCGAGCAGUUCUACAAUGCCAAGAUGCUUACAGAGGAAUGGGGCGUGUGCGUGGAAGUGGCGAGGGGGAACAUGGAGGACACUGUGGUGAACAGUGCUGCGGUCGCCGACGUUGUGGAGACGGUGAUGGGUCAGACGGCGAAGGCCGCGGAGAUGCGGCGGCGGGUGAGGGAGAUCAAGAAGGCGGUGGAGGGGUCCUGGAACGAGGGAGGCGGGUCGUCGAGGAAGGCGAUGGAGGAUUUCUUGCGGGCGAUGAAUCUCCGGUGAAGCGAACAACUUCGUGUAGUGUACUGCUCGAUCUUUACCUGAAUCUUGUGCGCCAUUGCAAAUGGUGCUAUGUUAAUCAUUCCUCGUAGAUGCCAUUGCAAAUGAUGUACGUAUGAAGGAUUUAAAUUCUGCUAAAAUUAAUCAUUCCUGGUAGAUCUUUUUUUU